CGCGCUCGGCGCUGUCCCUCUUGCCUCUCCCAAGAUGGCGGCGGAGGCGGGACGCGGGGACGCCCUGGGCGGGGCUUAGCGAUGACGCCGCGCCGGCCGGUGUGGAGUCUCUUAAAGCGGCAGGCGCGCGCUGACAGGUGAGCGGCAGGUUGAGAGCAGGACUCCCGCGCGCCAGCCAGGCACCGGGCACGGUCCUCUCCCAAUGGAGCUAUCCUGCAGGAUCUCGGUUCCCCAGGGCUGGGUUCCUCCAGCCCCAGAAUCAGACGAACACACACAUAUUAACAGAGCGCGUCUGAGAGAACCAGGUCAAUCAGUACUCCCAAGCUGACCCCUUCAUAUGCCCCUGGACUCAGCAGACUGGGUCGAACAGCACUUUCAAUCUGCCACCCUCGUAUGUCCCAGGUUCAGCACGUCCCUAUCCCCACUACCACGUUACAGUUGUUCUGGUAGUAACCCACCUGAUGAGCAAACCCCACAGGAUUUUUGGGCGCUGCAGGGAUCUUUUAGCUUAGGUACGAGGAGCGAUGCCGCACAACGAAUGCGAAAAGGUGGGAUUUGGCUCAAAACAAAACACAGACUAUUCCCCUGCUGACAGAGAUCAAGCUUGGGAGAUUUUGGGGUGACGGUCUUUCUGCCAGCUGCCCUUUGAAUCUCUGCUCUUUGGUGAAUAAAAGGAUCCUCGUGUUCUCUACAAGUCAAUCUAAGUGCCGGGGGUAGAGGAGAGCCCUAGUCCAAGGCGGAACGGAUCCCGCGCCAUGGGCGGCCGGGCCAAGCCCCUGAGCCCCCUGACCCGCUGGUACAUCUACGCCAUCCACGGCUACUUCUGCGAAGUGAUGUUCACGGCCACCUGGGCCUUCGUGGCCGAGCGGGACUGGAAGUUCCAGGGCGUCACCAGCGUCUGGGCCCUGUUCAUCUACGGCACAUCCAGCCUGGUGCUGGAGCGGAUGUACCUGCUGCUGCGGGGCCGCUGCCCCCUGCUGAGCCGCUGCCUGUGUUACACCCUCUGGAUCUACCUGUGGGAGUUUGCCACCGGCUACCUGCUGCGCCGGUUCGACGCCUGCCCCUGGGACUACAGCCACUUCCGCUACCACCUCAUGGGGCUCGUGACGCUGGAGUAUGCCCUCUUCUGGUUCCUGGGCUCCCUGCUGCUGGAGAAGCUGAUCAUCGGGAACACCCUGCGGCUGCGACUGGAGGGGCCCAGCCCCACGGCUGCCCCUGCCGGCCGCUUCGCACCCCGCAAGGAUGCCUGA